AAAAAGUAUUCCGGAGCUUGCAUUUGAAAAUUUCCUACAGUGGCUGUAGGACAUUUAAAUAAACAUUGUAUUUACUCAAUAGACACCCACCUCCUUCUGACUGACUCUGGCCAAGCGCCGCUUCGCAGGGCGCCUCCCCCGGCUCUGCCGCUGCCCGUCCGCCCUCUGCGGCGCGGCCCCUCCCUGCUUGCCCAGAGGCUUUCCGGCUGCUGCCGCGACGGCGCGGGAUUUGCUGCCCUCGGGAUUCCGGGCUGGGACGUAACGAUGUCUCUGCAAGGGGCGGUGGGGACUGCGGAGUUGAUUUUCUAUGUGAAUGGGAGAAAGAUAAUAGAGAAAAAUGCCGAUCCCGAACAGAUGCUGCUGUUUUAUCUGCGAAAGAGGCUCCGUCUUACAGGAACUAAAUAUGCCUGUGGAGGAGGUGGCUGUGGUGCCUGCACGGUGAUGAUAUCAACUUAUGAGCCAGCUUCAAAGAAGAUACGACACUAUUCAGCAAAUGCGUGCUUGCUUCCCAUUUGUUACUUGUAUGGUAUGGCAGUCACCACAGUGGAAGGUGUUGGAAGUACAAGAACCAGAAUUCAUCCAGUGCAGGAAAGGCUUGCCAAGUGCCACGGCUCCCAGUGUGGUUUCUGUACCCCUGGAAUGGUGAUGUCCAUAUAUACUUUGUUAAGAAACCACCCAGAACCAACUUCAGAGCAGAUGACUGCAGCUCUGGCUGGGAACUUGUGCCGCUGUACUGGAUAUAGGCCGAUCCUAGAUGCGUGUAAAACCUUUUGUAAGGAAUCUGUUUGCUGUCAAAGUAAAGCAAAUGGAAAAUGUUGCUUGGAUCAAGAAGAGGAUUUAUUUGACAAAAAAGAGAAGGUGUCUGUCAGACUAUUUUCACCAGAUGAAUUCCAGCCUUUAGAUCCCACCCAGGAGUUUAUAUUUCCUCCAGAACUAAUGAGAAUGGCAGAAAAUCAACCGAAAAGGACUCUGGUUUUUCGUGGGGAGCGAAUGAUGUGGAUUUCUCCUGUAAGCUUAGAUGAAUUACAGGAUCUGAAAGCUGCCCACCCCAAAGCACCUCUUGUUGUUGGGAACACUGGUGUGGGACCCGAUAUGAAAUUUAGAGGUGUAUUCCAUCCAGUCGUCAUUGCUCCUGCCAGGAUCCCAGAUCUGAAUGUGGUGAAAUGCACAAGUGAUGGUUUAACUCUAGGAGCUGCCUGCAGCCUCUCUCUGGUGAAAGACAUCUUGAGAAAUGCAGUUUUGGAGUUACCUGAAGAGAAGACAAGGAUUUUCUAUGCUGUCUUGCAGCAGUUAAGAACGCUGGGUGGAGAACAGAUAAGAAAUGUUGCUUCGUUAGGUGGAAACAUUGUAAGUCGAAAAUCAACCUCAGACUUGAAUCCUGUUCUGGCAGCUGGCAAUUGUAUGCUUCAUCUGGCUUCAAGAGGAGGAAAGAGAUGGAUUCCUUUGAGUGAUAUUUUUGCAGAUGGAGUUGGUAACAAUAGUAUUAUGCCAGUAGAGGUCUUAGUCUCUGUCCAUAUUCCCCAUUCUAGGAAGGGAGAGUAUAUCUCUGCAUUUAGACAAGCACCAAGAAGAGAAAAUGCUCUCCCAAUAAUUAGUGCUGGAAUGAGAGUCCUUUUUGAAGAAGGUACAGACAAAAUUAAGGAUUUGAGCAUUUUCUAUGGAGGUGCUGCCUCGACAACAAUCUGUGCAAAGAAAACCUGCCAGACACUUAUUGGAAGAUACUGGAAUGAACAGAUGUUGGAUGAAGCUUCCAGGCUAAUCGUCAAUGAAAUAUCUCUCCCAGACUCAGCCUGGGGUGGGAAAGUAGAAUAUAAAAAAACCUUGAUAGUUAGUUUCUUCUACAAAUUUUUCCUGGAAGUAUCACAGUCAUUGAAGACAAUGGACCCUUGUCGCUAUCCUGGCAUACCUAUGAAAUAUGGGACUGUCCUAGAAGACUUCCAAACCAAAAUGCCCCAGAGUAUCCAAAUAUACCAGGACGUAGAGCUGAGUCAGUCUCCACAAGAUCCUGUGGGACGGCCUAUUAUGCACCAGUCUGGAAUUAAGCAUGCCACUGGUGAAGCAGUUUACAUUGAUGAUAUUCCUUCUGUGGAUGGGGAGCUCUUCCUGGCUGUUGUCACUAGUUCCAGAGCUCAUGCUAAGAUUGUGUCUAUAGAUACCUCAGAGGCUCUGAAGGAACCAGGUGUGUUUGACAUCAUAACAGCUAAUGAUGUACCAGCUACGAAUGAGUUUCACUACUCUGAUGAUCCAGAGAUUGUAUUUGCAAGAAACAAGGUAAUUUGUGUGGGUCAGAUUGUCUGUGCUGUAGCUGCAGAUUCAUAUGCUCAUGCCAGACAAGCCACUGCAAAAGUGAAGAUAGAGUAUGAAGCACUGGAACCUGUGAUCUUGACAGUUGAGGAUGCUAUAAAGCACAACUCGUUCUUUGAACCAAAAAGAAAAUUAGAAUAUGGGAAUGUUGAUAAGGCAUUUGAAACUGUUGAUCAUAUACUUGAAGGGGAGAUUCACAUUGGGGGACAAGAACACUUUUAUAUGGAGACUCAGAGUGUGCUUGCUAUUCCGAAAGGAGAGGAUAAAGAAAUGGAUGUGUUUGUUUCAACACAGCAUCCAGCAUUUAUCCAGGAGAUGGUAGCUGCAAGUCUAGGUGUUCCAGCAAACAGGAUCAUGUGCCAUGUUAAACGAGUUGGUGGAGCUUUUGGUGGGAAACUCCUGAAAGCCGGUUUACUGGCAUCAGUUGCUUCAGUGGCAGCAAAUAAAACCAGCAGAGCAGUGCGUCUUAUUCUGAGCCGGGGUGAUGAUAUGUUAAUCACUGGUGGCCGACAUCCUUUUAUUGGCAAAUAUAAAGUUGGCUUCAUGAAUGAUGGUAGGAUCAGAGCUGUGGAUGCCAAAUAUUACAUUAAUGGAGGAUGCACCCCUGAUGAAUCUGUCCUGGUAGCAGAAGUGUCCUUAUUAAAAAUGGACAAUGCAUAUAAGAUUCCCAACUUGAGAUGCUGGGCUUAUGCAUGCAAAACAAACUUGCCAUCAAACACAGCAUUCCGUGGGUUUGGUUUUCCUCAGUCAGGACUGGUGACAGAAACUUGGAUAACAGAAGUUGCAGAGAAAACAGGUUUAUCGCCAGAAAAGGUUAGGGAAAUGAAUAUGUAUAAGGAGGAUGAGCAAACACACUUCAAACAAAAGCUUGAUCCACAAAACUUAAUACGGUGUUGGAAUGAAUGUAUGGAGAAAUCUGCAUACUACAGUAGGAAAACAGCUAUUGAGGAAUUUAACAAACAAAAUUACUGGAAGAAAAAAGGGAUUGCCAUUGUUCCAAUGAAGUUUCCAUUUGGACUCGGCUCACGUUACCUUUCUCAGGCUGCUGCUCUGGUUCAUAUUUAUACAGAUGGAUCUGUGCUUUUGACACAUGGUGGAACUGAACUGGGACAGGGUAUUCAUACAAAAAUGAUCCAGGUUGCUAGUCGGGAAUUAAACAUCCCAAUGUCAUAUAUUCACUUCUGUGAAACAAGCACCACAACUGUUCCUAAUGCAUGUGCUUCAGUAGGAUCUGCAGGGACUGAUGUCAACGGCAUGGCUGUGAAGGAUGCUUGCCAAACUCUUCUGAAACGCCUGCAGCCUAUCAUUAAUGAGAACCCAAAAGGCAACUGGAAUGAUUGGAUUAAAGAAGCCUUUGAACAAAGUGUGAGUCUUUCAGCUACUGGCUACUUUAGAGGUUACGAUGCAAAUAUGGACUGGGAGAAAGGGGAAGGACAGCCGUUCACAUACUUUCUUUAUGGAACUGCUUGUUCAGAGGUUGAAAUUAACUGUUUAACAGGAGAUCACAAGAAUCUCAGAACAGACAUAAUUAUGGACAUUGGAUGCAGCAUAAAUCCAGCUGUGGAUAUAGGACAGAUUGAAGGCGCCUUUGUUCAAGGCAUUGGACUUUACACAAUGGAAGAAUUAAAGUACUCUCCAGAAGGAGUCCUAUGUACUCGGGGUCCAGAUCAGUAUAAGAUCCCUGCUGUUUGUGAUAUUCCAGAGCAGUUUAAUAUUUCCCUUCUGUCAUCUUCCCAAAAUCCUUAUGCCAUCUAUUCAUCCAAGGGGUUAGGCGAGGCAGGAUUUUUCUUGGGAUGCUCUGUGUUCUUUGCAUUGAGGGAUGCAGUAACUUGUGUGAGGAAUGAAAGAGGACUGGAAAAGACCUUCACACUGAACAGCCCUCUGACUGCUGAACAAAUACGAGCAGCCUGCACAGAUGACUUUACUAAGAUGGUAUUGGGAAGAUAACAAAUGAUGAAUCUGCUUCCUCCACUCCUUGGGCCAGAGUGCAUGAGACCUGAAUGGAAUUCCAGCUACUGAUUUCCUGCCCCAAUAUGCACUAAUCAACUCACAUAAAAUAAAAUAUUUUCUCAUUUUCAGAAUAGAAACAUAUACAAAAAAAACACAUUACUCUUCUGUCAGUCUUCAUUCUCUGUCCAGAAUAUUCACUACACCACUUCAGUUACAGCAUUUAAUUAUUAGAAAUAUAUCUCCAAACAUAUGUAUUCCAUAAGAAGGGUCUGCUGAAUGGCUCUGUUGCACAGCAGCCCCAGAAAGAUCAGUUAAUAUGCUGCUGGAGAAGAAAGCUGAGAUGUAUUAUAAAGGUAUGUUAUUCCUUACUACCAUUUAUUACAUAUAAGUACUUCACAGGACAUGAUUUUUGAGAAGUUUCAGCUAAUAUUCCUGGGAUUGAAGUCUUGCAGUGCAGGGUCUGUGCAGAAAUCUUUGUUGAAAAAUUGGAACCUUGUUUAUUUAAUUCAGUCUCUUUUUGAUAGCAAGUGAUGCUCUGAUUUGUAGUAAAGUCAGUUUAGAUUUGUAUUGGUACUGACACCUUUGUGUUAAAAACAUACCGGGAACUAGUGUUAUAAUUUUCUAUUGCUAUACCGGGCAAAUUGGUAUGACUGACCUAUACAGAUAGGAGAUUAAUUUUAUCCUCAAAGCUGGAAGAGUCACUUAGAUGUAGUUUCCCAUUAGGACUUCCUUUUUGUCAUGGAGCAGCUCAAAAGCCUCUGAACUUAGUGGGAAAAUUCACAUGGAGUUUAGUAUGCUUUAUUUAAAAGCCUGAAUGAACCUGUCUCUGGAAAGGAUUCUUAAACAGUGCUUAAUUCUGUUCUCAGUACUAUAUUGAGCUGUGAGAGUAUAGUUAAUAGCUUUUCUUUCAUUUGAGCAUUACUGUGAUUAAAAAUGACAAAAACAAACACAACAACAACAACAAACAAAUUAAAACAAACAAUUUAAAAUCAGCAAAAGAGGAUCUGCAAGUAUCAGUCAUCUGAUGCUGCCUAGGCAGCACACAAGUAGUAGCAGCUGGAGACAGGAAAAUAUAAAGCAGCACUGUUUAGAAUGGUAACAGAAAUGUUGGUGUUGUUAAAUUUGAAGAAUGUAUUUAUUUGUAAUAUAAGACAAGAUCAAGAAAUUAUGUAGAAUAUACCAAAAUUAAUAUAUUAUGGAAGCUUCAGUCACGGUUUUCAGAUUUCAACAUUAGAAUCCAUGGAACUGAACUCACUGAAAACUUUAGCCUUUCCUCUUAUCAAAGCGCAAAGUUGAAAUUUCAAUUCUGAAUGUGCACACGUACCCACAAAUAUCCAAAUAUCUGUGGCAUUUGGAUUUGGGGCUUUGAUGUAAGAUGCAUCCAUCGUAACACAGAAAAAUUGUUACUUUUUCAGUGUAUGUAUGUGUGUAACACAAAGUAGCACUUGAAAAAAUUGUAGUAUGUUCUUUCAUAAAAUUGAACGAUCACACGUUCAGCAUGGUGAUUUCAGUGAACCUCUGCAUCAUCUAUUCCUUACUGCCAUUUAUAAUGAAAAUCAGUGGGUCUAAUUGAUUUGGCACAUCGACCUGCAGUCUCUCAUUUCACUUCUCAGUUUACCACAGGCUAUUUUCUCUUCUUGCCUUUCAUACCUUUUAUCAGCUGAUACAGUAUUUGCGAAGGAAACCAUGUUAGCUGGUCAGACUUCUUUUGUUUUGGCUGUUAAAAUAUGAAAUAUUUGUUGUUGCACUUUGUGUCUCUGUAAUCUCUAUGAGUGGGUGAAAUUCGUAUGCUUAAACCUGGGGAUCAAGUGCUAUUUUAGACGUGAUAAGACAGCAGAGACAUAGGAGAGCACACAACUAGAAGAUAUGAGAUUGUAACUGGAGGCCAAAAAGCUUAUAGCAGGUCAUCUGAAAUGACACUGGAAGUGUGGGUUAGGCAGCUGAAGCCUUGUUGGUUUUAACUUCUUUUUCUUCGUUUUCAUUGUACUACUUUGUGUCUUAUAUAUGUUAAGAAAAUUAAUAAAAAAAAUGUUCAUGCUGCUGA